CCUUACCGGGGCUCAGAUCUUGGCCAGACCACUGCGUGCCUCUGUCGCCCCGCCUUUUGUGGUCCCCUGUGGGUUUCGCUCUGAUACCCAGGCAGCCCCGGCACUUGGCCUAGCCCCGACUUCACCGGGCCAGCCUAGUCCUGGACCCUCGCUCCUCGCCUUCACGUCUGAAGCCUCCUACUUGCCCUGCCCUGGGGAACCUUCGGCGUGGGCCAGGCCCCGACUAAUCUGUUUAGUCUUUCUUAGCCUCUCCGGUUGAAGAGGCGGUUGACUCAGCCCAGGCCUUUCACAUCCUGGUGUCAUUGUCCUGUAUCUUGUGAAGGAGAAGUCAGAGCCCUGCGGGGAAGGAGGGGGGAGAUUGGCACCGCGAAGUGGAAGGGGAGGUUCGGGGUCAGAAUGUUGCCCGAACCUGGAGGGUGGCCAGACUUUGGUUUCUACGAUGCCCUUUGAUGAAGAACUAACGGAUUUUCUGACUGGAGCUCCGUCAGGAUAGACGGGGCAGUGUAGCAAGUUGAAAAGCAAGACCUCUGGAAUGGAUGGACUCUUCCUGAGCAGCUUGGCUAAUUUGCAGCAGCUGGACAAUGUUCCUCUUUAAUAUCUGUCUGUCAGCAUAACCAUCACAUCGUUUCACUUUGGUGGCAGGGACUCACAACUCCGAAUUCUGUAUAGAAAAGCACCUGGAUCCAAGUCUUACAAUGGCUUCAAGACAACCAGAAGUGCCUGCUCUUGAGCCUAGUGGGCCUCUAGGCAAGAUGUCCCUGCCCAUCGGGAUGUACCGCCGGGCAUUCAGCUAUGAUGAUGCCCUCGAGGACCCUGCGCCCAUGACUCCUCCUCCAUCGGACAUGGGCAGCAUCCCCUGGAAGCCAGUGAUUCCAGAGCGCAAGUAUCAGCACCUCGCCAAGGUGGAGGAAGGGGAUGCCAGCGCCUCCUCCCCUGCUGUACCCCUGCCACCGGCCACUGACAGUGCGGACAAGGUCCCUGUGGUGAAGGCUAAAGCUACCCAUGUCAUCAUGAGUUCUCUGAUCACAAAACAGACCCAAGAGAGCAUUCAGCGUUUUGAGCAACAGGCAGGGCUGAGAGAUGCUGGCUACACACCCCACAAGGGCCUUACCACCGAGGAGACCAACUACCUUCGAGUGGCAGAAGCGCUCCACAAACUAAAGCUGCAGAGUGGAGAGAUAACGAGAGAGGAGAAGCAGCCGGCCUCCACCCAGUCCACCCCGAGCAGCAGCCCUCACUCUUCCCCAAAGCAGAAGUCCCGAGGCUGGUUCACUUCUGGUUCUUCCAUAGCCUUACCUGGUCCCAAUCUCAGCGCCAUGGAUUCUGGAAGCGGGGAUAAAGACAGAAGCUCAGCAGAUAAGUGGGGUCUCUUUGCACCAAGAUCCCUCCAGAAGUCGGAUUCAGGAAGUUUUGCCACUCAGGUGUACAGAGGAGCCCAGAAACCUUCUCCAAUGGAACUGAUUCGUGUGCAGGCCACCCGAAUGGCUGAGGACCCAGCAACAUUCCAGCCGCCCAAGAUGGACAUCCCAGUGAUAGAAGGGAAGAAACAGCUGCCUCGGACCCACAAUCUCAAACCCCGGGACUUGAAUGUUCUCACGCCCACUGGCUUCUAGAGCCAUCUGUUCCAGGGACUCUGGCUAGAGCGUGUCUUGUGCCCUGCUCCCUUUACCUUGGCUCUGACAUAGGAAAGGUUUUGUUUUGUCUUUUUAAAAAUCUCUCAAAUGGAGGCUGGAGCUGGAGACAUAAUCCGUCUUUGAGAAACAGUGUGCAAAGCUUGUCCUUGUGUGGAAGAAGCCAUCUCGUAUCGCUUUAGUGUAGACAAAAUAAUGUCAGUAGGUGUACGGGGACCUCAUUACUUAUUUUUGGUAUCCUUUAUAUACACAGAACAAAUGAUGUUUGUGUUGGUCCAAAACCAAGGCUUCUUGAUUCCUUUGCCAUGCUCCAUGUGAGCAUGGACACAUGGGGGCCUUCACUGACUAGGGUAGACAACUUUGGUCUUCCUGGCUGUGCUGGCACCAUGUGCUCCAGCCUUGCUAGUGAGGGGGACCCGAGAUCUGUUGAGGUCUGGGUACACUUAAGAGGGAGACUUGGCAGGGAUCCUCUUUUCUGAGCUGAAACUGGAGUCUGUGCUUUUAGGAAGAUGCUGAGGAUCACGUGGUUCUGUGGCCAGUACCUAGUGCAGUAGCUCUUAGGCCAGUGCUAUUGGAGGGAUGCUUCUCUUUUAUGUGUCACUGAACAAAACACUAGUCCUGUAUCCUUUGUUGCACUUUAAGGUGAGAUUAGUUUAACUCAUUUGGUCGAAGACUUCCUAAGGGAGAAAAUUCAGUCUACUGGUUUGGUAAUAGAUAGAUGGGUAUUAAACUUUCUGCAAACUAUUGCCUUUGGAAGCAAACUUGCCUUUGGAAUAGAUAAGCAAUGAGAUCUUGCUGUGUAGCACUGGGAUCUAUAUCUAGUCACCUAUGAUGGAGCAUGAUAAUGUGAGAAAAAAGAAUGUAUACAUGUAUGUGUAACUGGGUCACCUUGCCGUACAGUAGAAAAUUGACAGAACACUGUAAACCAGCUGUAAUGCAAAAAAUAAAAAUCAUUAUAAAAAAAACUUUCUUAAAGAAGGCAGCAACUGCAGUUGGAGGAUAGUCUUGAGGUUCCCGUGAAACUAGCAUUGCCCUAUUUUGAUUUUUAUCGUUUAGGCCAAGGCCUGAACUUUUUUUUCUUUUUCCCUGGGAGGUGGAAGAAUUAAUCACUGCCCCCCCCCCCCCCGACACACCCCACCAAACGAGCCUCAUACCUUUAUAGACAAACAUGUACCUUACUGAGGAAAGGAACUAGGGAACCACCUUUUCACUUCUCACUGUGUACAUGUUCAACCACUGUCUUGAAAACUGUUUCAGAUUUCUGCUGUCUUUUGCUUUGGACAGUGUUGCAUCUAGACAAGGAGCUGAGCUGACCUUCCACAGAGACCUGGAGUCUGAAAUGAUCAGAACAAUUAAUUUAUUUGUGUCUUCUGUUAUGCUUGUAUUUCUUAUUUUGACAAUAAAAAGCCUGACUACUUUCUCAAA